UGCCAAUUCACAUACAGCCUGGAAUAACCUUGUUUCUUCCCUCGAUACGUAAUGUACUAUUAUACCAACCGUUGACAGUGGUCAAAAAAAAUUUGUCGUUAAAUGACAUAUUCUAGGUUAUAUAAUUUCAUAUUGGACAAAAAUUACUAAAAUGAAAAUAGGGUAGUUCGCCCAAAACAAAAAAAAAUGGAAAAUUAUUGUAAACCCUACACGAGGACUACUUGCGACAAGAAGAAACGACCACCACGCAAAUGUAGCACUAGCUCAAAUCAACAGCAACAGCAACAGCAACAGCAACGGCAACAGCAAAGCGACACCAGUGACGAUGAAAUAACUGACCAAGAGUUGUUCGCCUUUUUUGAUAACAAAUUCACCUUACUCACCGUGGAGGCAUUCCGUCUAAACCGAGAAGAACUGAUGGCGAAUUCGAAAGCCGUCACUGAACCUAUCGAAGAAAAGGAUGAAUCGAAAGACACCCAGAAAUCAGAUGACAUAAGCCAAAGUCAACAAGAGAAAGAUGACACGCAAAAGCGAAAUUACUGUAAUCGUCGAGAUUCGAGUGCUGAUGACACAAAAAAAGAAGAAGAUGAAAUACAAGAAAAAGAAACAGCACAACAAGAUCUUCAGUCUCAGCAACUACCGACACCGACUGCGUGUAUCUUGAGAUCACCUUGUGCCAAGACGAAGAUGGCACUUACACUUGGAACGAAAGCGCACAGUCUUGCUCUUGUGAACAAGGAGUGACGGACGAAAGCUCUACCAAAAGCUCUACCAAAAAUUCAAUAAGUAAAUCAUGUAAUUUAACAGGGAUGUAGGUAAUGCACGGAUAACUUAAUAAAUCCCUGUACAGAUACUUAAUA